AUGAGUGAAAAUAAUAAUGAAAAAAAUUUAAAACAAUGUUUGAAAAUAAUUAUCAAUGCUGUUUCUGUUCAAACUACUGUGUCCAAUUAUAAUUUAAAUAAUACAAUACAACAAAUAUUAGAUGAAAAUUUAUCAUCUUUAUCUUUUCAAUGUCGAAAUUACCUUUUAAAUGUUUUAAAUGAAUUUAAUACUAAUGAUCCUAAUAUAACAUUAAUAAAUGAUUUUUUACAUAAUCUUAAUGGUAGAUUAUCAUUACUUGAUGCAUCUCAAGGUGCAUGGGAUGGAAAUAUAUCAGUUGUAAAAAAUUUUAUUGAAAAAUAUCCAACAUUAAGAGAUAAAUCUGGUCUUUAUGGAACAACUCUUUUAUAUUCAGCAGCUAGAAAUAAUCAUUUUCAUUUAGUUAAAUAUCUUAUUGAAAAAUGUAGAUGUUCAGUAAAUGCAAAAAAUGAAGAAUAUCUUGAAAAGAAUCAACAACCAAUAUUAAAAGCAACAAUAGGUUCGACAGCAUUGCAUGCAGCCUGUUUUAAUGGACGAUUAGAAAUUGUAAAAUAUCUAAUUCAACAUGGUGGAGAUUAUUUUAUAUUAAAUUCUGUAUAUGAAUCACCAAUUGAAAAUGGACAAUCACAAUCAAGUAUUCGAAAUUUUUUUUCAGAAUUUCUUAUUAUUGAUUAUACAAAACAAUCGAAUAUUAUUCCAACACGAACAAUUCUUUAUGAAAUUGAAAAAACUAAAGAACCAAUUAAUGAUUGUAUAUGGGAAUUUAAACCAUUGUCUAGUGAUCAAUGGCUUCCAUGUCCACAAAAUCAAUCUAUUCAACUUCAACAGACAUUCUUAGAUAAACCAUUUAAAACUGAUAUUCACUUAAAAACAUCUAGAGAUACUUAUCAUAUUUCAUUGAUUAAAUUUUUACGUUCAAGUAAAUCGAGUAAUCAAAUAGAAAAUCUUUCUUGGAUUCGUUGUAGAGGUUCAUCUCUACGUAAUUUUCAUUGUUAUUCACAAUGGCAAAUUAUGUUCGUACAAUGUCCAACAGGUGUAACAAAUUCAUCAUCACUAUUGCAAAUAUAUGAUAUGAAACCAAAAAGUUCAGUACAACUUAAUUCAUGGUACAAUCUCUAUGAUGAAAUGAAUUUUUUAUUUGAAACAGCAAUGAAUUAUCGACGUAGAUAUAUUAAUAUUAAUUUAAAUUUUAUUCAUAAUGAGAAAGUAACAUUUGAUCUUGAUAAUUUUUCAUUUAUGAAUGAACAAAAGACAAUUGAAGGAUUUCUAAGAUGGAUACCAAAAAUUAUACCAGAUGAUGGUACUACUAGUUUAAGAACUCUUGAUAAUUUUCAAUUACCAACUAAUUGUGAAGUUGCAUUACUCACAACAACAUAUUUAAAACAAAUCGAACUUCAUGCAAAUGAUUUAACAGAUGAGAUUAAUCAAUAUAAUUUGAAAUAUGAAAAUGCAUUUGAUAAUGAUACCUUAGAUUUUCAAGAUAAAAAGCCUGUGACAACAGCAAACGAUGUGAAUGAAUCUUUGAAUGUUAUUCAAAAUGAUUUGCUAGCAAUCGAAAGUGAUGUUAUUGUAGUAUGUACUUCAUCUAAAUAUUUAUUCGACAGUGUUUUUAGAGCAGGUGGAAAAUCUCUACAAAAAUCUUGGGAUAAGAAACUAAAAGAAAAUAAUAAAGCACCUGUUAUUAGUAUAUCUACUGAUGGUAAACUUACAUCGAAAGCAGUUUAUUUUGUUCCAUGGGAACCUAGACCAGAGCCUGAUUUACUUUGUCGAUCAAUUGAAAAAUUAGUUUCAAAUGUAAUAAAUACAGCCAUAAAUGAAAAUUAUAAAAGUAUUGCAUUUCCUGCUAUUGGAUGCGGAGAAUAUGGAUGUUCAGUUAGUCUCAUUGCUCAAGCAUUUAUUAGUGAAGUUCAACGACAACUAGUUAAAUAUCCAUUAAAAAUUUUAUUUGUUAUUCAACCGAAUAAAAUGGAUAUAUAUAAUGAAUUUCGGAAACAAAUUGAACCAUUCAAACAACAAGAACGAACUUCAAUAACAGUUGGAAAAGGAACAAUUCAAGCUGAAAAGGGAGAUAUUACAAGUCAAAAAGUUGAUGUUAUUAUAGGAAGUUUAUCAUCAGAAAAUUUACGACAAAGCUUAUUAAUUGCUGGAGGACGUGAAGUUCAGGCUGCUUAUGAAAAAGAAUAUGAAAAUAAUCCAAAUUCAUUAAUUAUAUCAAUACCACCUGGUGAAUUACCUUGUAAAAGAUUAUUUUUUCUUCGAUGGGAACCAGAUGAAGAUCCUGAUAUUCUUCGACAAUCAAUAAGUGAUUUAAUUUGGAAUCUUAUUCAAAAUGUAAAUUCUCAUAAUUUUAAUUCAAUUGCUUUUCCAGCUAUUGGAUGUGGUGAACAUGCUUGUUCAGUUGAUAUUGUUGUUAAAACAAUGGUUAAAGAAAUGAAACAACAAAUUAUGCAAAGAAAAUUAGCAUGGACUGUUAAAUUUAUUAUUCAACCUAAUCAACAGAAUAUUUAUGAUGAAUUUCGUCGGCAAUUAUUAUUAUUAUCACCACCAGAUGAAAAUAAUCAAGAAGCAAGAGAUUAUGAAUUUCCUUCAACAUGGCAAAAUUCAAAACAAAAUCAAAUAAAACUUCUUGUACCAAAAAAUACUGAUGAAUUUAAAUCAAUUGCUAUCAAUUUUGAUACAGCAAUGAAAGGAAAUUAUACAGAAAUUGUAAAAAUUGAACGAAUUCAAAAUGAACGAUGGUAUAUGCAAUAUUUAGCACAUUGCAAAGAUUUUAAAAAAAGACUUUCUCAAGAUACAGAAAAACGAUUAUAUCAUGGUUGCCCUCAAGUAGCUGCAAAUUCGAUUAUGGAUGAUUGUUUUAAUAGAAGUUUUGCUGGUGUUAAUGGUAUUGCAUAUGGUAUGGGUGUUUAUUUUUCAUCGAAUGCAGUUUAUAGUCAUGGAUUUACACGACCAAAUGCAGAUGGUGAACGAUGUAUGUUUAUUGCUCGUGUUCUUGUUGGAAAGACAACUAUAGGAAAAAGUUCAAUGAAAACUCGACCUGUUGGAUUUGAUUCAACAACAGAUGGAAAACAUAUAUUUGUUACAUAUCAUGAUGCUCAAGCAUAUGCUGAAUAUUUAAUUACAUACAAAUAG